GUAGUUUGUUACUACAUAACCUCAAAAAUGAAUUUUAUCGAAACAUGGUUAUCAAUAAAGAUUACACAGUUUUUCCAAAUGAAUCAAAUUCAUUCAAAAAAUCGUUUUUAUAUGCCAAAGAAACUUGUUCGAGUCAAUUUCCGUUUGGAAUUGUAGAGAAAAUCCUUGAUAAAACUUCAAAUGAUGGUUUUUUAGGUUAUUUUGAUAAUAACGAAGUUAUAAAAUGCAACGUUUUUGUGGCGCCUCAAUUAGCAACGGCAUUUUAUCAUCAAUUACAAAGGCAAAGAAGAAUGUGGUGGAGAAUUUUUUCAGCUUCACCCGGACGUUACAUUUUAAGCGAUAUUCAAAACAAUGAUGUUUUUCAAUCGGUUGAAAUCAAAGCUGAGUAUCCGUGGGGUUUGGAAUUGAUUGAAAAGAUUAAUUUGUUUAAAAAUUUGCACCCCGAACUCAACAAAGAUUUAUUUCAAGGGUCGAUAACUCCUUGUUACAUUACAAGUGAAAUUUCACUCCAAUCGAUGUUAAUAAACACUUUAUGUGAUGCUUAUGAUGCUACGUUACAUCAAAAUACCUCGAGGAUUAUGUUUAGGUUCCAUCGUAAAUUAGCUCCUUACAAAAUUAGUUUUUCUAUUUCUAAAUCGCAAAAAAAUGCCUCAACUGAAGAUUUGUUACAAUUAGCGAUUUUUAUUUCGAAACAAUUGCGAGAACACAAUAUAUCUUGCCUUUUAUUACCAAAAGCUGGAAAAGAUAGUUUAGAGGAACAAUGGAUGUUUUAUGAUUGCUUAGGAAUUCCGUACAAUGUAAUUUUAACUGAUGAGACAUUAAAAAAUGGGAUUGUUCAGUUACGGAGUAGGGAUACAACAUUAAAGGAACAAAUUCAUGUGGGGGAGUUACCUAAAUACGUUGAACAACUUUUUAAAAAUUAUUAGUUAAAAUUAGGGGAAUAAAAAUUUUUAAGGAAAAAUAAUUUGAGUUAUGCAACCCAAAUUGCACAAAUGUCACAAAAUUAGGUUAAAUUAUUUUUAUUAAAAUCAAUCAGUUAUUUCAGAAAUCCAAUUGAUAUACGCCGAAACUCGGGUAUAUAUCGAAUUAUUACCCGAGAAUCACAAAUAUUUUAUUUUGUCUAUUUUAAAUCUAAAAUGUUUUAUACUUUGCAAGCUUUUCCUUCCUCAACUGUUGAUAUGGCGCAAAGUUCCCCGUUUAAUGAUUGAACAUUUUUUUUGGGAGGCUUAUUUCAUCUUUUACCAAUUUCUGCCCAAUCUUAUUUUUUCUUUUUGGUUUUAUAUGAGCUUAUUUCUUUAACUAUCAGGCAAUUUUUAAUGUUGAACCUUUCUGCUCAGUCUCUUUUUUCGUUUUAAAGUCUCUUUUAUCUUCCUCCAACCUCAAUUAUGUGGGGGAGAUACCUAAAUACGUUGCACAACUUUUUAAAAAUUAUUAGUUAAAAUUAGGGGAAUAAAAAUUUUUAAGAAAUAAUAAUUUGAGUUAUGCAACCCAAAUUGCACAAAUGUCACAAAAUUAGGUUAAAUUAUUUUUAUUAAAAUCAAUCCCAGUUAUUUUAGAAAUCCAAUUAAUACGCGCCAAAACUUGGGUAUAUAUCGAAUUAUUACCCGAUAAUCACAAAUAUUUUAUUUUGUCUAUUUUAAAUCUAAAAUGUUUUAUACUUUGCAAGCUUUUUUUUCCUCAACUGUUGAUGUGGCGCAAAGUUCCCCGUUUAAUGAUUAAACAUUUUUUUGGGAGGCUUA